UUGGCGGGUCGUUCAAGCAGAAGGUCAGGUAAACGUUUUAUGUAAAGGCAAUAUACUAGAAGAAAUUAUACUUCUAAUUAACACUGAAAGACGCUUCCGUUAAGGUACUUUUCACGUUUCAUUUGAUAAUGUUUUUCUAAAAUUACUUUACGAUGGAAACCCUUCUUGAGCAACAGAGACGUUACCAUGAAGAACGAGAGAGACUCAUGGAUGCGACAACUAAAGAAAUGUUACAACCUUCAAAACCGGGCCGAGAGCAGAUUAACUCGGACCACAGAAUGAGGUUACUCAUAGAUCGAUAUGUUGAGUGUACUGAUGAACUAAAGGAACUUUACGAGGACAAAGAUGGAUUAAGGAAGGAGGAAGUUCAAGCAUUGUCUGGUCCCAAUGAGUACGUGGAGUUUUAUGCCAGACUGAAACAACUAAGAGAAUUUCACAGAAAACACCCAAACGAGAUCAGUGUUCCAAUGUCUGUGGAAUUUGAAGAACUGGCGAAAUUACGAGAGAACACGGGAGACGAGGGACAAAAUCUAGCUGAGUUCACAGAUGAAGAGGGCUAUGGGAAAUACCUAGAUCUACAUCAAUGCUAUGAAAAAUUCAUCAACCUCAAAGGCAUUGAGAAAAUUGACUACCUUACAUACCUGUCCACAUUUGACCUACUUUUUGACAUCCCAAAAGACAGGAAGAGUGCCGCAUACAAAGAAUAUUUAUUAUUUUUACUGGAAUAUUUGGAUGGCUACAUCCAGAGAGUUCGACCACUGAUUGACAUAAAUGAGGAAUUGGAUAAAGUGAAGGUGGACUUUGACCUGCAGUGGAAUGAGGGGAGUUUUCCAGGGUGGCCGAAAGAAGCCACAGGUGCCCUGACCCACACGGGAGCUCACUUGGAUCUGUCUGCCUUCUCCUCCUGGGAGGAGUUAGCUUCUCUUGGACUGGACAGACUGAAGAGUGCCUUGAUGGCUCUCGGACUCAAGUGUGGAGGAACCCUGGAGGAAAGAGCCAUGAGGCUAUUCAGCACCAAAGGAAAGAACCUGGAAGAACUAGAUCCAUCUAUGUUUGCUAAAUCCAAGCCAGGGAGGGCUGGAAAAAGCAGAGACGCAGAACGUCAAAGAGAGAUUGGCUGUCUGGAAGGACAGUUGUAUAGAUUCUCAGAGCUUCUGAGUGAACAGAGGGCAGCUACCCGAGAAAACGUUCAGAGGAAGCAAGCGAGGACGGGCGAGGAGAGAGAGGACUCGGAUGAUGAACACUUCGACGCGUCUGACUCAGAUGAUGAUGACGAUGAAAUCCCGUACAAUCCUAAAAACCUCCCACUGGGCUGGGAUGGAAAGCCUAUUCCCUAUUGGUUGUACAAAUUGCACGGCCUAAACAUCAGCUACAGCUGCGAGAUCUGUGGUAACUUUACAUAUAAAGGUCCAAAGGCUUUCCAGAGACAUUUUGCUGAAUGGCGACACGCUCACGGCAUGCGCUGUCUGGGAAUCCCCAACACGGCUCACUUUGCCAACGUCACUCUCAUUGAAGAUGCCCUCGCUCUGUGGUCAAAAAUCAAGACAAACAAAGAAUCGGAACGAUGGAAACCAGACACAGAGGAAGAGUAUGAAGAUACAACAGGGAAUGUAUUUAACAAGAAAACAUACGAUGAUCUUAAAAGACAGGGUCUUCUGUAGCGUGAAGAUAUAUUUUGUGAAAUGUGAAAGCCGCCAUGGAACUUUUUAUUAUCUGGGAGCUACAAAAUUUCCUGGAUUUCAAAAAUGAGAACUCAGAAAAACUCAAAUACAUGUAAAAUGUGUAUUUUUUUUUUAGAAUUCAUACAUAUUCCAUUUAUGUUCACGUACAUUUGUCAUGGAAAUCGGAAAUUCAGUCAUUAAAUUUUAAAACUACC